AUGAAGACCAUUCUCAUCCUUGGAGGCUCGUUUGCUGGAGUCAGCCUGGCACAUCGAGUUUUGAAACAAGCUUCAAAGGCCGGGCUGUCUGUCAAGAUUGUUCUCGUGGCGCCCAAUACUCAUCUAUAUUGGAACGUUGCCGCGCCUCGAGCGAUAGUACCUGGACAAUUCACUGACGACCAAGUUUUCCAGCCCAUUGCAGCCGGAUUCAAACAGUACACAGCUAAACAAUUCGAAUUCGUUCUUGGCUCUGCCAAAAAUAUCGACUUUGCUGCCCGCAAGGUCGAAAUUACGCUUAGCUCGGAGAACCAAAAAACAACAACGCUUGACUACAACUUUCUUGUCCUUGCGACUGGCUCCAGCAAUAAGGGAAAUGACAUCGUGAAGCUUCCAUUCAAAGGCCUCGGUUCGACUGAAGCAACAAAGAAUGCCCUUCAUGAGUUUCAGGCUGAAGUGAAGAAAGCGAAGACCAUUGUCAUCGCUGGUGGCGGUCCAUCUGGUGUUGAGACCGCUGGAGAACUAGCGUUCGAAUAUGGGAAACAGAAGAAAAUCAUUCUCCUUACUAGUGCCGAGAAAAUUCUUGAGACGGCUCCUCCGAGCGUUACGAAAACCGCGAUGGGCAUUCUUGGCAACUUAAACGUUGACGUCAAGCUAAAAACAAAGGUUGUCCACUCAAGCCGAAUGACACAAGAUGGCGCCAAUAAAAUCGAACUCAGUCUUUCCGACGAUAGUACGAUUACUGCAGAUCUUUACAUUCCCUUGUACGGUCUGAUUCCCAACUCAUCGUAUGUUCCUGAGAUAUAUCUUGACUCGAAUGGAUUCGUAAAAGUCGACGAAUAUCUCCAGUUGAAGGGCCUCGAUCAACACGUCUGGGCGAUUGGAGACGUCUCCGAUAUGGGCCCACCGCAGUUCUUGCACGUCGACAAGCAGUCUACCCAUCUGGCCAAGAAUAUUCUCUUGAUCUUGCGUAAUCAACCUCCGCUGUCAUAUAAGAACAAUACUCGUGCAAUGGGUGUACAGAUUGGCAAGAAGGCUGGCACUGGGCAUUUUAACACCAUGAAACUGCCGGGUUUUGUGGUUACCAUGUUACGAAAGAACCUAUUUACGGAAAGGCUGCCAUCAAUGGUAGAUGGUUCUGCUUUUUGA